AUGAAAGCAGUCAGGCAACUCUCAACUUCGUCUCGGAUUCUUGCCAACUAUGGAUUCAUUGGUCUUGGUCAGAUGGGCCAGCAUAUGGCCAGACACAUCUAUAAUCAAUUGGAGCCUAAUGAUUCACUCUACGUUCACGAUGUUCUGCGGGAUGCCACCGAGACUUUUGUUAACACGGUGACCAGUGCUUCUCCCGACAGAAAAGACUGUCUCAAAGCAUUGUACAAUAUUUCAGAUUUUGUCACUGGAGUCAAUGCUCAGUUAGAUUACAUUAUCACCAUGGUACCUGAGGGAAGACAUGUCAAGGGAGUUGUACAACAGCUCAUUGAAACUUACCAACAGGGUGCUCCUUCCACCACCAAGACCACUAUUCUUGACUCGUCCACCAUUGACAUUCCUACAUCAAUUGAAGUACACAAUUAUGUCAAACAACAGAUUCCUGAAUUUGACUUCAUUGACACUCCGGUUUCGGGAGGUGUUGCCGGAGCAAGAAAAGGAACGCUUUCGUUCAUGCUCUCUCGUCCUACUGACGAGUCUAUUUCUCCUAGUUUGAACACUCUUCUUAAAAAAAUGGGUAAGAAUAUCUUCCCUUGUGGAGCCAAUCAUGGUGCUGGUUUAGCUGCAAAAUUGUCAAAUAAUUAUCUUCUCGCAGUUACAAACUUGGCGGUUGCGGAUUCGUUUCGCUUGGCUCACUCCUUUGGUCUUGACUUGGUCAAGUAUUCCAAAUUGGUGGCAGUUUCCACUGGUAAAUGCUGGGCCGCCGUCGAUAAUUGUCCUAUUCCUGGAGUGUACCCUGCAGAAUACCGCUUGCCAGUAGAUGAUGGUUAUAACGGUGGGUUUAUCACCAAGUUGACCAAAAAGGAUUUGGUGUUGGCUACUGAUGCUGCCAAGUUCAACGACCGUUUCUUGUUCAUGGGAGACGUUAGUAGACACUGGUACGAAAAGGCUUGCGAAAGAGAAGACAUAGCCAGCCGUGAUUUGGCUGUCUUAUAUGAAUGGUUGGGAGACAUGGAGCAGCAGGCAGACGGUACCAUUGUCGAUAAAAAAGAUGUCUAA